AUGCAGCUGAUUUUGGAUUCGAAGACAUGGGCAGAGCAGGUGGUCAAGAGCCUAACUCUUGAAGAGAAGAUAUCACUGCUUUCUGGUGCCGAUGUUUGGCGGACAACACCAAUACCUCGUGUUGGUAUCCCUGCCCUCAAGACGACCGAUGGACCUGUUGGGGUGCGUGGUAGCACUGUCACAGAUGGAACCACUGCCGCAUUAACUCCCAGUGCCGUAUCAUUGGCCGCAACCUUUGAUACUGAUAUCGUCGAGGGUAUUGGCCAUCUUCUAGCUACAGAAGUCGAAGAUAAGAAAGCAGAUGUACUUCUCGCGCCUACAGUAUGUCUCCAUCGAUCUCCCUUGGGAGGCCGUAAUUUCGAAUCCUUCUCUGGAGACGACCCUUUCCUCGGAGGCAAACUCGCAGCUGCCUAUAUUAGAGCAAUUCAAUCCCAUGGCAUAGCCACUAGCAUCAAACAUUUCGUAGCCAACGAUCAAGAAACUCGUCGAUUUAUAUUGAACCAACAUAUCCCAGAACGUGCCCUGCGUGAAAUGCACUUAGUACCUUUCCAAAUCGCCAUUCGAGAGGCCAAUCCGUGGACUCUUAUGACAAGCUAUUCAAAGAUAAACGGAACAUAUGCUAGUAAUAAUAAAAGAUUACUGCAGGGUAUUUUGCGUGAUGAGUGGGGCUACGACGGUCUCGUUAUCAGCGAUUGGUUUGGUACAAAUAGUAUUGUUCCAAGCUUGGAAGCUGGUAUGGAUCUUGAGAUGCCGGGUCCGGCAAGGAAGCGAGGCCAAAAACUGCUUGAUGCUGUUCGCCUCGGUCACUUGAAAGAGCGAACUAUUGAGAAGAGCGCCAAGAGAGUCCUUGAACUGGUUUAUAAAACUGGAAAACAUAACUAUCCACAUUGGAUUGAAGAACCCGAAGAGGCUAUCAACAGAUUGGAGCAUCAAGAAUUCCUGCGGAUGGCUGCCGCUGAUGGUAUUGUUCUACUAAAGAACACCAACAACCUCCUUCCUCUAAGACUGGAAUCGGGUUUACAGGUAGCCUUCAUCGGGCCAAAUUCCAGAGCCUCCGUCGCAGCUGGUGGCGGAUCCGCAAAUUUGAAUCCUCAUUAUCGAACCACCCCUUACGACUCUUUUGUUGAGAACGCAAACAUCUUUGCUCCAGGUGCAGUAACAGUGAAGCAUGCGGUGGGUUGCUUGUCAAAUAAGUGGAUACCAUUGGUUCCCGAGAAUUGUGUCUCGCCUGUUAACGGAGAGCACGGUCUCUUGAUGGAAUUGUUCGGCAACACAACAUUGAGCGGAGUCGCUGCUGCUUCUUCUCACAGAAAGACAUCGAUGCUUACAUGCUACGAUAAUAUUCCCAAGUCGUUCGGCCCUGGCAAGAGAUACUCAUAUCGUGCCACUGGUGUAAUCACCCCGAAGACUAGUGGGAACCACACCUUCAGUUUAGGGAGCUGUGGACCAUCCCGCAUGCUAGUCGAUGGUGUCGAAAUUAUCUCGCUCUGGGGAAGAACAAAGGACUCGGAGAGAUCCGAACUCUUUAUGGCCUAUGCAUCACCGGAACAAAGAUUCGAUAUGCGUAUGGAGGCCGGAAAGCCCUACACCCUUGUCGUGGAGGGGAUUUCAAGAGAGAUGGAUCCAAUCCCGGUUGAAUACUUUGCAGAACUCUAUAGGGAAGAAGUCAUGGACGGUGCUAGAGUUGGCUUCAUGGAGGAGGUCCAAACGGAUCUCCUUGGUGAUGCUGUCCAGCUUGCUAGAGAGUCUGACGUGGUAGUCAUGGUUGUUGGCAAAAACGUGGAAUGGGAAAGCGAAGCCUACGACAUGAAAUCAAUGGACCUACCUGGGGAACAAAACAAACUUAUCUCAGAAGUUCUAAAAGCUAACCCAAACACCAUAAUUGUAAACCAAUCUGGCUCUCCAAUCGCCAUGCCGUGGAUUGACCAAGCAUCCACAGUCCUGCAGGCUUGGUACCAAGGACAAGAACUCGGAAACGCCAUGUUUGACGUCCUCACUGGCCUUGUUAAUCCCAACGGAAAACUUCCAGUAACAUUCCCAAAAAGACUGGAGGACACGCCUACCUACCACAACUUCCCUGGCGAGAACGACCAGGUAUUUUACGGUGAAGGUAUCUGGCUUGGCUAUAGACAUUACGACAAGGCUCACAUCGAGCCUCUAUUCCCCUUCGGUUUUGGACUUUCCUAUACUACUUUCGAAUACAGCAACGUCAGGGUAUCCAGCCCAAUAUUCAGCCCGCAUAGAGACGUCACGGUAUCAGUCGAUGUGACGAACACGGGCUAUCUGUACGGCAAGGAAUCUGUCCAGUUCUAUGUUUCACAAAUUUCGAAGCCUGGUCUUCCUCGGCCGGUACGAGAGUUGAAAGGUUUCGCAAAGGUAGCGCUGCAGCCUGGAGAGACAAAGACUGCGCAAUACAAGUUGGACAAGCAUGCACUUGGCUACUUCAAUGAGAAGCUCAAGAAGUGGGUGGUGGACGAAAACGCGGAAUUCGAAGUCUUCGCUGCAGCCAACUCACGAGAUCUUCGAGGGUCCGCCAUCUUUAGCAUAAUGAACGGCAUGCAGUGGAUAAAAUAA